ACUCUGGUACUCUGUAGUGGAGCUGAUGGUCUGGAUAGGCUUCGGUUGAUGCACGAACGAAUUCAUUGUGCGAUUAUUACAGUGGGCGGCUAGUUAAACGCGGGUCGACGAAUAACUUUCUGCGGAUCGCAUGCAAGUGUCUAGUGCGGAUGUUGUCCGUUCGCUCCGUCAUACCAUGCCUCCGGCGGUUGCGUGAACACGCCCUGUCCGUGAUUGAUCAACGCCUCGGUGGCAUCAGCAGAUCCCAGUGACACGGUAACUCCUUGUUUACGCUCCCGUGUGCCGCACCGUUUCAGAACUCGACUGUGUGAAGCCAUGCAGAAGGUCGGCGGCAGUGUGUCAUCGGGACGGCCCAUCAAGUGUGUGGUGGUGGGUGAUGGCACUGUGGGCAAAACGUGCAUGCUCAUCUCGUACACGACAGACUCAUUUCCGGGUGAGUAUGUGCCCACCGUGUUCGACAACUAUUCGGCGGCCAUGAUGUGCGAUGGUGUGCCUGUCAGCCUGGGCCUCUGGGACACUGCUGGUCAGGAGGACUACGACCGCCUCAGGCCCCUCUCGUACCCACAGACAGACGUGUUCCUCAUAUGCUUCAGCGUGGUGAGCCCAUCUUCCUUUGAGAAUGUCACCUCCAAGUGGUUCCCGGAGAUCAAGCACCACUGUCCUGAUGCGCCCAUCAUACUUGUUGGGACCAAGAUGGACUUGCGCGAGGACAAGGAGACCCUGCAGCAGCUGUCGGAGCAGGGCCUGUCGCCAAUCAAAAGGGAGCAGGGCCAGAAGCUGUGCUCCAAGAUCCGUGCCAUCAAGUACCUCGAGUGCUCAGCCCUCACCCAGAGAGGCCUCCGACAGGUGUUUGACGAGGCAGUGCGUGCAGUACUCCGGCCAGAGCCUCUGAAGCGGAGGCAGCGGCGAUGCAAGAUCGUCUAGGGAUCCCCUUCUCUCCACUUUAUUUUGUUCUAAGAGCAGCGGGACAGCAGAGGGUCGUUCAGCAUCUGACCCACCUGCAACCACCGUGCGGACUUUUUCUCUCCGUCUCUAGACCCUCGUCGAGGACGUGUAGGUGCAGACACACAAGAAAGAAGGAAACAGUACGGCAUGUACCACUUUCCCGACUAACUCAGCAGCGCGAAUUCAUGUCGUGCCAGGCGCGACACAUGGAGGCAGCGCUAAACCUGUUCUGCUCCUUCUCACAUUUGCUCUGUGCUGCCAUUCUCUUGGAUAUAACACAGUGACCUGAAUUUUUGUUAAGACAACUUUGAAAGAUGUUGCAAUUACUGCCACUUUGGUUAUUCUCAAAUUUUGCAACAAAAUUGCUUUUCUUAGUUGGCGUUGUUCAGUGAUGCACUUAGCGUCAUUCUGUGCCUGGUUCGUCCACAUUUAGUUGCCAGCAGGCAAUAAAAUGAGUGUGUUGCUGUCGAUGCUCGCAGCACCUAUGCUGAGGUGCAUAUGACUGUUCUUUUUUGCUUUUCCUACAUGAAUCAGCUAAGUGAGGGUGCUGAGAGUAUUACUAAAUGACCUGGGCAAUAUAAUGUGAUCUUGUUAAAAGAUUUGAUAAGGAAGCAGCAUUAAGCACAAAAUCUUUCAAAGCUGCCAGAACAAAAUGCAGGUAGUCAUGUUCACAUGAACAGUUCAUUACGGAAGUCCAAAUGCUGAGAAGGUUGAUGGCCGAAGCUUGUUGAAGAGCUGCAACCCACAUACAAGGUGUCCAAUAGGCAUUACGUAAUGGGAUAUUGGUUUCUUGUGAUGAACAAAAUACUGAAGACGAAAUUACUACUGGCAUGCCAUCUACUGUACAUGUGUUUCCAUCUUGAGCAUAUCUUGUGCUUUACUUCAACACAUGAGAAUCCUCCACAGUUGUCUGAUGUGUUCAUUGUGCAUGCUCUUGCACAAGCUGAAGAGACGCUCCACUUGCACCAUCGUUACCCUUGUGGAAUGUAUGCGUAGUUUGUUAUUCCCUUUGAUUCUUCUUCUCUCUCUCCAUCAACUAGCAUAUCAUUGCCAGGAAAGUUCAGUUUUCCCACUUUACAGUAAAUUAUGUCAUGUGAAACGUGGUUGUAGUAAUAACAAGUAGCUAAUAGAUAAGCCACACUUCUUGCAUGGUUAUCCAGUGCAGCUAUAGUAAGCACACUUCUGAAAGCCCACCUUUGUUGGGCCUCAAAAAAAGCUGCGGACUCUUGUCUCAGCAAAAGUAAGACUUGGGACAGUGUGUAGUUCCCAAUAGCAAAACCAACACUAUUCCAGAACGGUAGAAAGAAAGUAGAAAAGAACAAUGGCAGCAGUACUGUGAUUCUGAAAAGUGAUUGUACAGUUGAGAAAUUCAUACCAUGCUGGCCUUGUACCCAGUACAUCGUUGCUAUUUUCACAGUAUCUGCUAUUUUCACAAUGUCGCUGUUACAGCCAUCACCUGAGCAGUUGGUUUUUGCGACAGUGGUGCUACAGUCACGACAAAGGUGCCGAACAUAAAGUAGUGUUUCCACCACUUCAGCUUAUAGGUCUGUUGUUGCUUGCAAUGCCAUACUUCAUCUGGACUUCUUACAUUAGUUUGACUAUCUUUUCUGUGGGAGACAAUGGAUAAAGGUGUGAUGAUCGUUUAAGAAUGGUGCAACUUACCACACAUAGUGCAUGAGCAUUGUGUAGGCAGACAAAUGAUGAAAUGGUUGAGACAGGUUCCUGGCUUUUAUGGCAGUUAUAAAAAUGUUUCUUCAAAAAGUGGCAGCAUUGUCUAGACUGGCUUGCAUUAAUGCAACUGCAGCAGUCUAGGAAGCACUGGCAUCAUGCAGACCAUCUUGCAGCACUCUUACUGGAGGGCUGUCCACAGUGUCAGGAGACGUGCAAACAAUUGGGAGCAUGUAAGCAACCUUUGUUCCAUCACUUCUGACACACAUUGAGCAUAGUCACUUUUUUCUCAGAGCACUUUGCUCUGUAUGGUUAUGCAGUGCAGUGUGGCUCAGGCUGUCCUAAAGCUGUUCUGCUGCUUGCCCCCUUCGUGCCAGGAUGUCGGCCUUUUUACGCGUUCGUGUCAUGUGUUCGCACUAGUGUUCAAGUGUGUUGCAUUCACCUCUAGGAUUUAGUCUGCACUGCAGUAAUAAAACUUUGUGGCCAAAUUUUAAUAUGUCAAGAGAAAUUAGGCAAGAAAAAAUUAAGAGACAUAAAGUAACGUUAUUGCAAAUAAGUGUGCUGCUCCUCAAAUUACAUGCAUGUUCCUUUCCUUUCGAGCUUUGAGACACCUCUUUGCAGAUUUCCUUUAAAUUAGUUGAUAUAUUAGUAUAUCCUCAAGUCAUUUGGAGUGUUACAGAGGGAGUGGGUACAAAACAUUUGUCAAAACAAACAAUAUGUGAAGUAAAAGGGGAAAAAAAAAGCAAUUGCAGUUACUUCAGAAAGUGGUCAGUUAUAGCAGACUUCAAAGUAGCUCCUUCUGUUGUAGUUAUUCUGCAGCUGCUAGUGCGAUUGCAGUAUUACACAACUAAAAUACACAGGAAAAAAUUAAUGAAUGAGCAAUUAUUUUACACAAGGGAUACAUUUGCUGUUAAUAAUAACCUUUGGAGCCAAGCAUGUGUUCACAACGGAAACGCUACAAUGGCCCUGCAAUACUUUUCGAAACUGGUGAAGGAAACCCUCUGAAACACAGGACAGUGCUGUUAACACCUGAGCUAAAUACCAUAUUGGCAGGAAUAUACCGCAAGUUUUUUCUUUUAUUUUCUCUGGUGCUUGCAGCUGCGUUGAGCUAAACCACCAGGCACCACUGCAUUUGCGACCGCAUACAGAGACCUCUUGCACAGACCCUCCUGUGCCUGUGUGCAGUUAUUGUUCCUGAUUGUGCCGCGGCAGCUUGCCUCAUUGUGCUCACUUCCAUUUUGCCUCGCUCAGGGUGGUCAAGCUGGGAGUUGCUGCCACUGUGCAUUUUGCACUGUGUUUCUUCUGGUUUAGAACGCUGUUAGUGCCACAUCAAUUUGGUUGCGGGGUAUUCAUAGCAACCUUGAACAACACGAUUGGUGCUGUUCUGAAGAUGCGUAAAGCGAGUGGUCUUCAAAGUCGCACACUGGAUCACCCGACAACGCCGCAUAAAAGAAAGAUAAGUAAAAAGCAGGUGGUGCUUGACGUCUUGGUACGUCCCUUGGCUCUGGUAUGGGAGAAGGCUGGGAAGGAACACCGCCUGUGAACGCUGCCAGAGACGAAGAAUGUCCCCCAUUGGCUGGUUCGCUUGCCUCCUUCUGGCAUGGUAACAGGACUGUUACUUUCUUCUGUCACCUUCAUUAUUGAACAGACCUGAAAAAUUAUUUCACUAAAAUGCUCCUUAAGCAGCGUUUUACAGCUUCCUGUAUAGAACCACAAUUCACGCCGGUGCCUGAUGAGGCGCCCUUUAAGUGCAAAUGUAACUAAAUCUAGGUAACACUUGGCAGAUAACACGUGCCAUGCAAAAUUAUCUUUGCGUUAUUAGUAAUUUUUGGUUGCCAUGUUGUGAAGAACAACGAAUGGUCACAAGCGGAUGCCUUACUAGACUAAUUAUCGUCGUAAAGUGAAUCCGCACUGAUAAUGUGGGGAGGAUAAUGCGAGAGUCGGUUCAAGCCAGAAGAAGGAAGUUCAGGCAAAUCCAGGCACUGACUAUCCCUCCCAUGCUCACUGAACAGUCUGUGUGCAGGCACUAGUGUCGCAUUUGGUUCUAAUGUACUUUGCGUGAAGCUUAGCCACAGCGGGCCUCAAUUAUUAAAAUAUUUAAUAUGGAUUGCUUCAAUCAGCAUACAAUGCUUGUCAUGGUUAGCAGUGACAAUGUGAAAAUGUUUUUUUUUAUUGUUGUUGUUCGUGCAUUUCAAGGAGCUUAUUUGUCAUAAGCUAUGCAUUUGACUGUACUUCUAGAAAGCAUUGCAUUGCGGCAUAAACAAGUCCCAGGCACUUCGUAGCUCAAGUUUUGUUCUGUGUCGUCAGGCACGUUUAUUUGCAGCAUUGUCCUAUGUUUCAUGUAGCUGUUGAUAGCAUUUCUGAUUCUAUGUGAAAGCGACACUUCAGGCAGCAGUACUUUCACUUGGGAGCAGCAGUGCACAAUGUUGAAAGAUGGUGUCCCAUGGGGGAACGUGCAUUCGAUCUGCAUCAGGCAUGCUGGUGUGCGCCAACUAGCUUGCACACACACCUAUGUGCCUGCGAAGCCUCUUGGCAAAAGACACUGGAUACAUAACACUAACUGCGUCAUCAAAUGCAUGGCACAGUGCUGUCAGUUUGCUAUUACCUAGGUGCCAAGUUGCUGCUGCAAGUGUUACUGUACCUAAACAUUAAGAAUUUCCUUAAAAUUGCUAACUCACUUCUUUGACGCACUGGAAAUAAUUUAGGCAAAAGGACAGAUAAAUGCAUUCCUGGCUUAUCCAGGUGCCAAUCUUCAUAGCAGAAGUUUCCAACAAUUUAUAGCAACAAAAAAAAAGGGGGCAGACAGCAUGGGCAAGCUGCGUGGUGUUCACCUUACAGUAUACCGACGUAACGUCGUUUCCUUUGUAG